CCCCGGCCGUGACCGCGGGGCGCCGCCGAGCACGCCCGGCCCAUGGCCCGGAGGUAUGAUGAGCUGCGCCACUACCCAGGCUUCGCAGACCCGGAUCGCUCGGCAGCCCUGGCUGGCUUCUCGGAGGCAGCGCCCCCAGCACCACGAGCCCAGGGGCCCUACGGCCCACACAGGCCUCCCCAGCCCCUACCCACAGGCUUGGACAGCGAAGGCCUGAAGAGGGAGAAAGAUGAGAUCUAUGGACACCCACUCUUCCCGCUCUUGGCUCUGGUCUUUGAGAAGUGUGAACUGGCCACAUGCUCGCCUCGAGAUGGCACCUCGGCUGGGCUGGGCUCACCUCUGGGCGGCGAUGUCUGUUCCUCGGAUUCCUUCAACGAGGACAUAGCUGCUUUUGCCAAGCAGAUCCGAUCCGAGAGGCCACUCUUCUCCUCCAAUCCUGAGCUGGACAAUCUGAUGGUCCAGGCCAUCCAGGUGCUUCGGUUUCACCUGCUGGAGCUGGAGAAGGUCCAUGACCUGUGCGACAACUUCUGUCACCGCUACAUCACCUGCCUCAAGGGAAAGAUGCCCAUCGACCUGGUCAUCGAGGAUCGGGACAGUGGCUGCAGGGAAGACCUCGAGGACUAUGCAGCCUCCUGCCCCAGCCUCCCAGACCAGACGGACACGUGGAUCAGAGACCAUGAGGACAGUGGGUCUGUACACUUGGGGACCCCAGGUCCAUCCAGUGGAGGUUUGGCUUCCCAGAGUGGGGACAACUCCAGCGAGCAAGGAGAUGGGCUGGACACAAGUGUGGCCUCUCCCAGCUCUGGAGGAGAGGACGAGGAGAUGGACCAGGAGCGACGGCGGAACAAGAAGAGAGGGAUCUUCCCCAAAGUGGCCACCAAUAUCAUGAGGGCCUGGCUCUUCCAGCACCUCUCGCACCCGUACCCCUCGGAGGAGCAGAAGAAACAGUUGGCACAGGACACGGGGCUCACCAUCCUGCAAGUGAACAACUGGUUCAUUAACGCCCGGAGACGCAUCGUGCAGCCCAUGAUAGAUCAAUCCAACCGCACAGGGCAGGGUGCAGCGUUCAGCCCCGAGGGCCAGCCCAUGGCGGGCUACACGGAGACUCAGCCACAAGUGACUGUCAGAACACCAGGAUCAGUGGGGAUGAGCCUGAACUUAGAAGGAGAGUGGCACUACCUGUAGAGGCUGGGCUCAGGAGGAGGGCCGCCUUCUCCAGACUGACCACCAGCCUCACUCCUAACUGAUCCCUGCUGCCUGUGGGCUUCAGGACUCCACCUCCAAAGCUUCCUCUCCCAACUCAACGCCUACCUCCCUGCGGCCCUGGUGGGGCAUGGGGACCCGCGUGUCCACUUGAGGGCAUCUCAAGGACAGAGGCAAGGCCUCCAGGCCCUGCAGCCCUCCUCUGCCCUCACCUUCACGCAGGACCUGAGCUGCGAUCAGGAGCUGGGUUUGCAGUAUAUGGUGGCUGGGGCCGCCCUCCAGGACAGAGAAGGGACUGGGGGUGGGCUAGGGCACCAGGGAAGGAGGGUCACCCAGAUCCAACAUUUGGGAGCGUUCUCUUCAUCUUCCCACUCCCCCGCUGCCUCCCCCACCUCCCUUCUCUGAUGUUCUUCUACUUUUCUUUUUUAAUGAUAAAAGUCUUAAAAUACAA